AGUCACAUUGACUUGAAGAAGUGGGAUUUGUGGGAUGUGGUACUGCAUGUGCUCAACAACCACGACGACAAAGCACCUCGUGACGUCAUUGACAAGUCAAUCUGGUUCCUUUUCAUGCAGUUAAACUGGGAUUUGGUCAGACUUGUUCGAGACCAAGAACCAAACAAGACGGAAGCGGUGAAGAAAUUGAAAAAGCGUCGUGAUCAAUUUUUGCACGAUGUCAAUAUAAUUCUUAGUGAAGGUGCCUCUGGAGUUGAACUGGCGUUCCAGUGUCUAAAUGAUUCUCUCAUUAUGUUCAAUGAAGAGCUGAAAUCACAUGGAGCCCACCUUGAACCGCUUAUUGUGCGGCUAGACAACGACUUCAUACAAAAGAUGCAGUCGUUUGUGAAUGAUAAUGUCUUUACUCCUCCAUCAGAAGAUACGCAACUUGAUCAACAACAGCAAGUCGAACUCAUGCACAUGAAGCGAAGCUUGCUAGCGCAGUAUUGCAAAAUGGUUCUUCAUGGUGUAUUCCCAAUUAGAGAUGCUUCGUUCGUCCUCAGAUACUACUGCGAGUUCUACACUGACUUUGGUGACAUCCUGAAACAGCUGUUGUACAAGUGCCGCGAUCUUAACUUUGUCGCUUGUGCCAAAGCCGUCACCAGGUCCCUCACGGAUGUUUAUGAAAGCAUCAGAAUGAACACCGGGCUCGAAUUUGUUGAUCCACUGUCGGAUGCCUUCCAUCAAUUACGUGAUUUGGCGAAGAGAUUUGCUGUAGCGUUUGGAAACGAUCACAUCAAGAAUCGCGAAGCCGUGGCUGUGGUACACAGAGAUGGGAUCCAAUUUGCUCUAAUGGGUUUCGAUCCGAAUCAAAGCCGUCGAGGUAGUGCCAACAAACCAAUAAACAUCACAUUCCUUGAAGUGAUCAUGGAGUUCAGUCCAAAGCUGAUACGUCAGGACAAAGCUGCAGUAAAAUUUCUUGCAAAAAUCAAUCCUGUUUGCAGCAUGCGGUAUUUGGAGCGACAUGGUCCUCCUAUUCUGCCAUCGAAAGAGCCUAUAUGGGAACCGUACCUGUUGUACAGAAAUUCUCUCGUGGAGAAGCACCCUGAUGACGCAUCAUCGGUUCGCAGUUUCUCUACUGCAUAUACAGCAAGAGGAAGGGGACGUGGUCGUGGUCGAGGAAGGUCGACACCCACACCGUCUGAGGUGUGA